UAUUGCAGAAUUUCCCAAAGUGCUGUUGUUCUUCAUGAAAGAUGGUCGUGCACCUUUUUGCUUUUUUUCUUACAAUUGCUGCUUCCAAUGCAACGUAUGAGGAGAGCAAACGUUCUCAACGUGUUUUCAGGAAAAUAAGAGAUAACGGGGAUGUUCUAACACCAAAAGAUAUGCUUUCAAGUCAUGUCGUUCACAGUCGCAUCGAGUGCUCAUUAAAAUGUGUUCAACAAAAGCCAUGUGUUGGGUUUAACUAUCUUGAUGUUGCCAAUGAAAAUGAGAUAAAUUGCCAAACUAGUAACACCACAUACACCAAAAAAAGUAACACAAUGAACACCAAAGGAAAAUGGGCAUUGUAUCACGGUCUUCAUCCUCCUAAGACGGUAGAAAAAUUAUCGAAAAGUUGGACUCUCGUCGCCCGUUUUUCAAACAACGAUUCCAAAAACUGGAUGAUGAGCAACGGAUGGUUUUGGUAUGAUAAAAUGACACCUCAGGGGAAAGUGAACGAUCCAUCUGACAAUUACGAUAUGAUAUCUGAAGCAUUUUGGAAUUUGAAAGGAAACGAAUUUAAGAUAACAAGAAGCGAUGAUAUUAACAACGUUGCAUUACUGCAGACAACAUCAAACUGCCUUCAAGGUCAAUCUUUUCGAUCUAAAAUUACAAGUUACGGUAAUUGGAGAAAUGGAAACGUUUGGAACAAUGAUGAUUGUCGUGGAAGUUGUCCGGUUGUUUAUGGAGGUCAGUACAAAACCACAGCAGGAUUUGAACAGAGCAGUUGCAGCAGCAACAUUCAAAAUAGCAGUUAUGUUGGAUUUUGGUGUAAUUGGAGUUCAGGUGAUGGUGCUGUCUUGAUGAUUGGUGGUGGAGGUUCAAGCUGUAGCAGAGCUGAUCAUGGAAUUGGGAUCACUGAGGAGAAUUCAGCAAGAUUUGGCGGAACAUUACCCUAUUAUGAUUUUGGAAAAGAUGCAAAUUACAUUCCUCCUUCAGAUUAUUCCCUUAAUUUAUGGGUUCGCUAGUGAAUACAGCCCGACUUUAUCAAUUCAGCAUUAAUUCAACAUCGUAUCAAUCUUUAGUUGACAUUUUCCAAAACUUUGUUGAACUAAGAAAAUAGUGGGAAAUAAUUACUUAAUUAACAAGGUUUGUAUUUGCCAAAAAAUGCAUACCUAAAAUUUAGAUAUACAAUAAUAUAAAGCAUGAUAAAUUAUAAAAUAAAAACAAUAAUGUGUAAUUCGACGUGUGCUCAAACAAAUUAAGUAAAUUAAAUAGAAUCUGCAAAGCAAUCAUUAAAACAUUCUAUUUAAAUUUA